UUUUGUGGAAUCUGUCUGUGAUGAUCCAGAAGUCAUUGCUGCCAAUAUAUUGGAAGUUAAAGUCUCCAGUCCAGAUUAUCCAGAAAGAAACCGAGAGAAUGUGAUGGGAGAUUUUCUGAAGAGAAUAGAAUGUUACAAAGUCACCUAUCAACCCCUUGAUCCAGUUGAUUAUGACAAAGACCUUUCUUUCAUUAAAGUUAUCAAUGUUGGGCAGCGCUUUCUGGUCAACCGGGUCCAAGACUACAUCCAAAGUAAAAUUGUCUAUUAUCUCAUGAAUAUUCACAUUCAGCCACGCACAAUUUAUCUCUGUAGACAUGGAGAAAGUGAAUGCAACCUUAUUAGAAAGAUAGGUGGAGAUUCGGGCCUGUCCACACGUGGGAAGCAGUUUGCUGGAGCAUUGAAAAGGUUUAUCAAAGAGCAAGAGAUUAUGGAUCUGAAAGUUUGGACUAGCCAGUUGAAAAGAACAAUCCAAACAGCAGAAGCUCUAGGAAUACCAUAUGAGCAAUGGAAGAUACUGAAUGAAAUUGAUGCAGGAGUAUGUGAAGAAAUGACAUAUGAAGAGAUUCAGAGAAAAUAUCCAGAAGAGUUUGCACUUCGAGAUCAAGAAAAAUACCUUUACCGCUAUCCUGGAGGAGAAUCUUACCAAGACUUGGUCCAGCGCUUGGAACCUGUAAUUAUGGAACUGGAACGUCAAGAGAAUGUCCUAGUUAUUUCUCACCAGGCAGUUAUGAGAUGUCUAUUGGCCUAUUUUCUUGAUAAGAGUGCAGAUGAAUUGCCUUAUUUAAGAUGUCCUCUUCAUACCAUCUUUAAGCUUACACCAGUUGCUUAUGGCUGUAAAUUAGAAAUGAUUUCUCUGAAUGUUGAAGCUGUAGACACUCACCGGGAUAAGCCAUCCAUAGUGAAUAACCUUCCAAAGAGCCAAACCCCUGUAAGGAUGAGAAGGAACAGCUUUACACCACUAGCCAGUCCGGACACACUAAAACGGCCUCGCAAUUACAGUGUUGGGAGUCAGCCUCUCAACCCGGCAGGAUCCCUGCUAUUCCAGGAGGCUCAAGAUCAACAAAAGCUUCAAGAGAGUGUUCAGGCGCUUCAGAUGGAAAGCCCUUGCAUGGAGAAAUCAGAUGCCGUCAUCUGAGAGCCUCUGGCAUCUGUCUCGACUCCCAAGUGAGACUGACGGUGAAAGAAGCAGUUGUUCCAAACCUGUGUUCAGAGUGGCCAGUUGCUUAUGCUUCAUGCUUUGUUUUGCAGUGAUGCUUCCCUGCACUUCCUUUUGCUGGCAAAUUUGUCUUGAUAUGCUAGUUUUUAUGUGCUGUUCCAUGAAAUUGUGUACAUAUGUAAAUGUGACUUUUUGUUGAUGUUGCCUUGUGUUGUGAGGCUUUGUUUGUUUUGUCAAGUGAAGCUUUCGUUUUGCAUUUAUUGCUGAAAGUAAAAACUGCCUGACAGAAAUGUUUUGAGAUUUACAGACAGAUAACAGUUAAUUUAUGGUAGUCAUACGAUCUUUGCAAAUGCAGUUCAAUCACCUUGAAAUGAAGAAGUAUUGUUAAUGAUUUAUCCUUGUUGAUAAAUGUACAUUGCAUAUGGUUUGUAUAUUUGGUACUAGUCCCAUGCUUUGCCUUACAUAAAAAUAUUCUAAAGCUAAUUUGAAAAUCAUUUUCCUGUACAAUUUGCUUUUAUUAUUCCCAUGGAACGUGUUAGUUUCUUGGGAAUGUUUUCAUAAAUUUCCCUGUCCAGUGUUUACAUUUUCCUAUAAUCAGAAACGUA